AUGGGAGAUAGGGAUAUGUCAAAUGUACCUCCUUUGGUACGAUUGAAGAAGUUGAAUACGAUUGCUCCAGGAGGAGGAAAGCCAGCUCCUGGUAUACCACCAACUGCAAGAAAGCCUGCGGCAGCUCCAUCAUCAACGUCAACAACAUCAACAACAUCAACAACAUCAACAUCCACUACUACUCCACCAUUUAGAUCAACAACAACUACACCAUCAAUGAUGGCUCCUAUACAAACACAACCAACAUCCCUUCGUGCACAACCUGCACCCAACAUACCUGGUGCACCAAGACCAAAGAAAGAGUUCAUGCCCAAUCUAGUACCAAGGAAGAAGGUCGAGAACAAAGCAGAUAGUAUAUUGUCAGGACCUAUAUCAGACUUGCUUAAAGAUUCAAUGUCACCAAUUGGAACGAUAUCUGAUCAGAAACCUAAACAUGAUAGGAGCAAGACUAUACGAUCAAACAUGAACCCUCGUGCGAGGAAACCUGGUUCAAACUUGUCCGCCCUCUCCAAUGCACCAUCCCUUCCACUCUCCAGUCUACCCGAUUCAAUGCUGGAAAGGAAUCAACUCAGGGAGUCGAAUAGAGCUGAGAACAAGUUGAACGAGGAAUUGGUUAACCAGUUGUUCCAUGAGAUGGAGAUUGAUCCAAUGCAACCCAAUCAUCCAACACAUCUUCCAUUGGUCGAUCCAAGAAAGGUCAUGAAGGAAUACUCACUCAAGGAUGCCAAGUUGGACCUUGAGAAGAAGAAGAAGGAGAUACAAGAGAAAAUACAGAAUGGAGAAAUGUCAGACUCUACAGACUUGGACGCAUUGAUUGAGGAGACAAACAGUACAAUCGUUGGCAAUAAGAAGAAACAAAUCGAGCAAUCAAUCAAACCAUUCUACAAUGAUGGGGUGUUCCUCAAUGAUGACCAUCUAUUCUUCAUUCAACUGCCAACAUCACUGCCAUCAACUCAAACUCGACCCAUUAUGAAUAUGAAUCAAAUGCCAACAUUGUUGGGCAAGCCUGCUGCCAUGGCACCACCUGCCAAGCCAGCUGCUGGCGUGGCCAAGCCACCAGCAUCGACAUCCAGUGGAUUGGAAUCGAACGAAACCACAACAUCGAUAGACAGUGCUGAGAAGCCAGUACUGAACAAACAUUCAUUCGUCCCAAUGAUCUAUCCAGGUGACUUUACCAACACACUCAAGUCAUUGCCAUCAGGUCGACUGGGCAAUCUCAAGAUAUACAAGUCUGGCAAGGCAAUACUCAGAAUAGGAGAGAUUGACUAUGAUGUAUCGGCUGGAAAUAAGUUAAAGUUCUUGGAGGAAGUAAAGUGCAUUACACAUGAAGGACCUACAUGCUACAACCUUGGUACACCUGCGCAGCAUCUUGUCCUUGUUCCUUUGCUUAUGGGCGAUUCCAAAUAA